AAUCGCUGGUCUCACAGAAGAAGAAUCAUAAACCUGCCUCUAUUUAACGGUGCCGUUUGGAUAUUCCGCCCAACCACAGUAUUCUGCGGUCAUGUUGUGACGAAUAGUAUGGACGAUCUGCCGGUUGGAAGAUGUGUGGAAGCGCGCUCCCUACUUCUAGAUCGACUCCUCGGGAUGUUGACUUCAACUCAUGGAUGGUAUUGUGUCUCAGGGCGCUGUGGAUCACUGAAAUCAAUCACACACACCAGUGAUAAGUAGUUGGCCAGGUGAGCCCAAUGAAAAACUCUUAAGAAGAAUGUUCCACAUUAUUAAGCAGACCACCAUUUUCAAGCAAUAUGGGAAAGAAAAAGGAUCUCUCUGCUGCUGAAAAGCGUGAAAUAGUUGAAUGCCUUGGAAAAGGUAUGAAAAGCUUAGAUAUUUCACGAAAACUUAAGCGUGAUCAUCGUACCAUUAAGAGAUUUGUGGCUGAUUCAGAGCACACACGGGUUCGUGCAGAUAAAGGCAAAAUAAGGAAGGUUUCUGCUAGACAAACACGCCGGAUUGAGAGAGCAGCUGCUAAAAUGCCAUUACAAAGCAGCAAACAGGUAUUUGAAGCUGCUGGUGUCCCUGGAGUCCCACGAACAUCAAGGUGUAGGAUGCUCCAGAGGGUUACAGUUAUGCAUAAACCUUCUAUUCGACCACCCCUAAACAACGCUCACAAGCAGAAACGGCUGCAGUGGGCCCAGAGAUACAUGAAGACCGAUUUUCAAACAGUCUUGUUCACUGAUGAGUGCCGUGCAGCCCUGGAUGGUCCAGAUGGAUGGAAUAGUGGAUGGUUGGUGCAUGUCCCAACAAGGCUGCGACGUCAGCAAGGAGGUGGCGGAGUCAUGUUUUGGGCUGGAAUCCUAGGGAAAGAUCUGGUCGGGCCCUUUAGGGUCCCUGAAGGUAUAAAAAUGACUUCUGCAAAGUAUGUUGAGUUUCUGACUGACCACUUUCUUCCAUGGUACAAAAGGAAAAAUCGUGCUUUCCAAAACAAAAUCAUCUUCAUGCACGACAAUGCACCAUCUCAUGCUGCAAGGAACACCUCUGCUUCAUUGGCUGCUAUGGGCAUAAAAGGGGAGAACCUCAUGGUGUGGCCCCCAUCCUCCCCUGACCUCAAUCCUAUUGAGAAUCUCUGGAGCAUCCUCAAGCAAAAGAUCUAUGAGGGUAGGAGGCAGUUCACAUCCAAACAGCAACUCUGGGAGGCUGUUCUGACAUCCUGCAAAGACAUUCAAGCAGAAACUGUCCAUAAACUCACAAGUUCUAUGGAUGCAAGAAUUGAGAAGCUGCUAUCAAACAAGGGGUCCUAUGUUAACAUGUAACUUGACCUGUUAAGAUGUUUUGGAUUGUAAUAGCUUUUUAUUUUAGUAAACAUGACCUUAUAUUGCUGUAAAUUCAACAAAUUACUAUUUUCAGUUGUUUACAAACUAGAACAUGUCUUGAAACUAUGUUGUGCAUAAUAAUUUGGAACAGUGCGUUUUAAGUUUAUUUUUUAAAUACUGUUUUCAUUAGGAGUUUUGUUCAAUAACAUUUGACAUAAAUUUCAACAGCUAAUGACUCAAAAAUUAUGUUGAUCGUUAUUUGCAUCAAGUAUUUUGGAAAAUCAAACAAAACCAUAAUUUGCAUAAUAAUUUGGAACGCAGUGUAUGUGUUGUCCGGUGGCCGCAGUGAGCUGGUGGGCCUCAUCGGCUCAGUGCAGUAUUUCACCUUUGCCAGACGUGUGUCUUGUUGCCCCUCAGUGACCUCCCUGGAGGGAGUGAUGGAGAGCUUCAAGAUCGUGGGACACCUUUGCUGCCACAUGCUUUGGAGAUGUAGAGAUGCGCUUCACAGAACUCUGCUUUCUGCCAACUGUCUGCUGCGGCAAACAUGGGACGGAGCCUGGAUCCUUCUCAGUCUUGUUCUUUAUCUCGUCAACACUGUCGUCAAUAUUGCCCUCAUUGCGGCUCAGAACUCUUUUUAUUUGAUGGUCGGGGUCUGGGAGGGCCUUUCAGGGCCCCUGCACCAAUUAAUGGAGGCCACCGUCACCUUGUUGAUGUUUUUUUACAGCUCUGUAGUCGGAGCCUCAGUUCUGCUGUGGACAUCAUGCCAGCUAGUGCUGGAUUUCCUGGGAGCAUUAGGGCGUGUGGUGUUUGUGGUUGACAUGAAAGGAGUUCUCAUCACAGCUGCCUCGACCUUCCUGUUUUUGCUCUUUCUGAGUCCACGGCUUUCCUUGCUUGUAAGACGCUUGCUUUACAGACCAGUUAGUGGUCUCCUGAGGGCAGCCCGAAGGGUCCAUGCAUCAUUAGUAGAACCCGUUUUGACUUAUGAGGUAGUCCACUCCAGGGCAGUACAGGAAGUGAGAAGAACAAGCGUUUCCCCACCUGCAGCGAGGUGCGAGCCGGGUCCUGAAGAUGGCGACGGCCGCACAGACGAUAGAUGUUCACAGCCAAGCGUGAGCGCUCAGGAUGGUGAGCUGCUGAGUUUACUGGAAGAGCAGGAGGAGAGGAAAAAGUGUGUCAUCUGCCAGGACUUGAGUAAGACUGUGCUGCUCCUGCCUUGUCGUCACCUCUGCCUCUGCCAACCAUGCGCCCAGAUCCUGACUCAGCGGCGGCCCAUUCAGCAGCGCUGCUGUCCCCUCUGUCGACAGCCAAUCACCCAGACCAUGGACGUCUUCCUUUGAUGGAAAAAAUAAUGUUUACAAUUAAUGGACGAUGAGUCAAGCUGCUCUUAUAAAAUGUCUUUAAAGUCACAGUAUUGUUAUGUUCCAGAAGGCGUCGGCCUGACACUGAAGAAAUAAAAGUU